AUGGAUCUAUACGACACUUUUUCGAAUUUCUUGACUGACCCUGUCCAUCUGACUGUGGGAAUCCUGUCCAUUUCAAUCCCCUUACUCUGGCAUCUGCGACGAGGGAAGCAGACGCAAGCUCAGGGCCAUGCUCCUCCUUCCUGGCCUUUCGACCCGGCGAGCUUGGAUCGAAAGGAGUCCGAAGGCCAAAUCCUCACUUUCGGCAACUCGAUGAUCCUGCCUAAUCGCUACGCCCACGAGAUCCGGAACAAUGACCUUCUCAGCUUCCGGGAUGGGUUGGAGAAGGACUUCCUCACCACAGUCCCCGGCCUCGAAGCCAUGUUCACCGGAACAUUCCACAACCACAUAGUGUGGGACACGGCAUCCGCAUUCUCGCGCAAGAUAGGUGCUCUACUUGAGCCCCUGUCCACCGAGACGGGCAUCUUCCUGCGGGACAACUGGUCUGAUGAAACAGAAUGGCACGCCGUUCCCCUAAACGAGACUAUGCACCUCCUAAUCGCCCAGCUCACGGCGCGCAUCUUCAUCGGCGAAGAGCUCUGCCGCGACCGCGCAUGGAUCGACAACGCCAUUCGCUACACCGCGCACCGCACAGCUGCAAUGAAGGAAUUGCACGCGUACGGCCGGCUAAUCCCGCUCGCACACUGGUUUCUCCCGUCGUGCAGAGCGCUCCGCGCGUGCGUGAGGGCCGGGAGGCCCUUUGUCGAGCGUGUUUUGGAGGCUCGUAGGACGGCGGCACAAGGCCAGGGCGGCGGCGAGGAGGAUAAGAGCGCUGAUGACGCGUUAUCCUGGAUUGACGGGGUUGCCCGGGAGAAUGGCACCAGGUACGAUGCGACGCUCACGCAGCUCCGGCUGGCGUAUGCGGCCGUGCAUACGACCAGCGACAUGAUGACCAAGGUGGUUGUUGCGCUGUGCGAGCACGCGGAGCUAGUACAGCCGCUUCGCGAGGAGAUUGUCACCGUUGUCAACGAGCAUGGGUGGAGCGAGGCCGCGUUGGCCAAGAUGGUUCUGCUUGAUAGUGUCCUGAAGGAGACGCAGAGGUUGGAGCCGCUUGCUAGCUUUACGCUCUCCCGCAUCGCGCGCGAACCCGUUGUCCUGAACGACGGCACGCGCAUCCCACGAGGCACACAGGUCCGUCUGACGACAGACAACAUGUGGAACUCGGCCGUCUACCCGGACGCCGCCAGGUUCGACGGCUAUCGCUUUGUAAAGCUCCGACAACAGGAGAAGGAGAGCACGACUGGCACAGUCGGUGGCGGCGGCGGCGGCGGCAGCGGCCUCUCGUUCGUUAGCGUCAGCGCCAACCACAUGGGCUUUGGGUACGGCAAGCACGCGUGCCCGGGGCGAUUCUUUGCAGGGGCGGAGACCAAGAUUGCCCUGUGCCAUAUUCUGCUCAAGUAUGAUUUUGAACUGGUGGAUGGAGCCCUUGCGCGGGCGCAGACGGACGGAAUGAUGAUUUGGAGGGAUAAGAGGGCGAUGUUGAGGGUGAGGAGGAGGGAGGGGGAGAUCCGUAUUUAG